AUGGGCGUGGGCAUCACGAGAGCACACGUGGUGGAGCGCGUGGUGGCCAUGGCAGCUCACAAGACCACCGCAGACUGGCUGCUGAUUGCCGACUCGCCGCGCGCCUUCCUCUCCCUGCCCUCGCACCCGCAUUCUGGCUUCCUCUCCCGCUUCCUUGCACAGCAGCCAGACCAUUUGCUGCAGGUGCGCCCAUCCGUGACAUACCUGUCAUCGCGGGCGCUGCUGCUGCCCUUCUCCUUCUCGCCGCGCUCCUUGUUCUCCCACGGGCCUGUCAGCGAUGUGCUGCUGGACCCUGAUGAGCAAGAGCAGGAGAGCACGGACCAUGACCAUGGCGGAGGGGCAGACGUGGAGGAAGGGGGAGCGGGCGGGGAUGGGGGAAAGGCGGACGGGAAUCUCACACAGGCGCAAGAAAUGGAGGGUGGGGAAUUAAUCACGGGGAAGACGCUCCCUCUUUUCCUUCAACUACCGCACCUCCCCAAUCCCCUCUCCUCACCCCCUCCCCCUCUUCCCCCGCUGGGCACACCCCCUGUUGCCUCCACCGUUCAGGCGGUAGCAAGGGCAGUGCUCCCACGUGUGCGCAUGCAGGCGGCACGGGUGGCAGCAGCGGUGGUGCAGGGAGCAGUGCAGCGCCUGCAGGCUGGCGUGCACCGCAUGCAGCAGCAGCUCAACGACGCUGAGAGGAGGGCGGCGGAAAAGAGGACGAAUCUCUCGGCCAUAUUCACCACUGUGCUGCAGCCAUACAGCAGCACCCACCUGGAAGCACCCACUGCUGACAAUGCUGCCUCUGCCGGCACCACUGGCCUCUCUAACACCGGCAUCGAUGUACCUGCAGCAGCAGAAGCAGAGCAAGUAGCAGCAGCAAGAGCAGAUGCAGUAGCGCCAGCAGCCGGUGCAGCAGGGGAGGGAGAGAGCAGCGUGAUUUUCGUGGCAGCGAUGGCGUACGCAAGGGUGUAUCGGGAGGACCGGUUCAACUUCAGUGCGUAUGAGAUCUGGCAGUGGUUGGAGUAUGGGCGGUAUGCGGGGGUGCAGCAUGUGUUCUGGUACGACACUGCACACUCGCAGGAAGAGAGCCAGGAGGCAGCUCUGGCGCCAUACGUGCGGGCGGGCAUGCUGACGUACCACCGCUUCUACCGCCUCUUCCCCGAGUGGCAUGACAUUCACUACGAGCAGGACUCCUCCGUCUCACACUUCCUCAAGACGUACGGCACGCGGGUGCGGUGGGCGGUGCUGUGCGACAUAGACGAGUACAUGUUCAGCCCCUCCGACACUCUCCCGGGCUUCCUCCUGCGCUUCCUCACACACCACGUGCUGCCUGCCAGCAAUACCACCGCGCAGGUGCUCGUGCAGAAUCUCUUUUUCCAGGGCGCGCCCACAUGUGCGCCACCAUGCCUCCUAGUGGACGCGUAUACGCAGAGGAGUGCGCACACGGAGGGGCCAGUGGCGCGCACCAAGGCCAUUGUGCGCGUGGCCCAGGUGCAAGGGAACUUUGGCGGCAACCCGCACAAGUUCUGGAUGAAGGGCGAGCCCAUUGGCGGGGAGGUGGGGGAGCUGCCGCUGGGAGGGCAGGCGGAGGGUGGAGGGGGAGGGGAGAAGGGUGGGGAACGGAAAACCGAGGGUGGGGAGGGUAGCAGAGAGGGAGAGGGAGGUGAGGAUGGGGAGCGGGGAACAGGGGGUGUGGAGAGCGGCGGGAAGGGCAGCGUGACGGUCGUUGCACACCCCUCAUUGCUGCGCAUGAACCACUACUGGGGCUUGAGAGCUGUUGACUUCAACCCGUGGCCGGAGCAGGACCGAGACAAGCUCAUUCCAGAUGCGUCCAUAGGGCCAAUUGCGGAUGCCAUUCGGCCCAGACUUAUGCCUGCUUGGAAGUGGUGCGUGGAAGAGAAAACACUUCAAGAUAUACACCUUUUGAAGGCAUCAAUUGCAGAUUCAAUGCAGCAAUGCAGGAUGCUACAGACAGCAAUUGAAUGGAUGCAAGCAUACGGUAAUUUGAUUGCCUGA